AUGCAUAUCAUCCGGGCAAUCGGAGUCCUUGGGACUAUAUUCAGCUUGGGUUCUAGGGUUCUGGGGCAAGAAGUUGACGGGACCUGUAAGAAGACUUGCACUAUUGAAGCCAGCGGAACGAACACCACCGACGAUGCGCCAGCCAUUCUUGAAGCCUUCAAGAAAUGCGGUAAGCGCGGUAAGGUCGUGUUCAAGCCUACAACUUACCAUAUCAACUCGGUCUUGAAUGUCACCUGGUUGGAGGAUGUCGAGAUUGACGUCCAAGGUACAUUAUUGUGGAGUACGAACAUUUCGUACUGGCUCGCAAACUCACUCGACGUCGGGUACCAGAACCAUUCUACCGCCUUCAUUCUUGGCGGUAACAACGUACGCAUCAAUGGCCAUGGGAAGGGAACCUUUGACGGCAACGGCGAUUAUUGGUACGAGUGGAUCCGGCAGCAACCGAAUACUUCCAACUAUCCCGGACGGCCGCAUGCAAUCACGUUCAACGGACUGACCAACUCUGUUGUCCGAGGGCUCAAUUUUUUGAGGAGCCAGAUGUGGACUAUGUCCAUCAUCUACUCUCACAACGUCGAGCUGGAUAGUAUCUUGGUCAACAACACUGGCAACCGUUACCAGAGCUCCAAUACGGACGGAGCCGACACAAUCCGAUCGUCCAAGAUCAAGUUCAACAACUGGACGGUUUACAGCGGGGAUGACAGCAUCGCUAUCAAGGCCAACAGCACCGACAUCAGCAUUACCAACUCCAAGUUCUACGAUGGUCUUGGAGUUGCUCUUGGCAGUAUUGGUCAGUACAACGACGAAUUUGAGACGAUCGAAGGAUUGAAUGUCAGGGACUGUUUCUUCGACAACACACUUCACGCAGUCUACUUCAAGACAUGGACCGAUGAUCAGAACGGCUAUCCACCCAACGGCGGAGGCGGCGGACUGGGCUUUGCUUCCGACAUGUUUUUCAAGAACCUCACCGUCAAAGGCAUGCGAGGCGCUGCCUUCGCCAUCUCGCAGUGCACCCGUUUCAGCGGCGCUCCCGGCGUAGGCAACUGCACCAACUCGCAGUUCCAAAUCCGCGACAUCACCGUCAGCGGCAUGGUGGGAACUACCAAAUCUUCCCGUGUCGCAAGCCUACAGUGCAGUGCAGUCGCGCCGUGCACCAACAUUGGGCUCUUUGACGUCGACUUGCGAUUUGCAAACGGCACCGCUGCCACAUCGUACCUGUGUGGACACGCCGAGAACCCAAGAGGUUUUGAGUGCACCGGUACCCCAUGUGUUGGAGGUAGUGCGACAGGAGAGUGUUGA